CGCACCACUCAACACUGACACUCAAGACUCACGACUGGCACCCGCCAACGACACCCUCGUAGGCAAGCUGAAAGUUCGAAACCAACAUCUCGCGCAUUCAACGUUGCUCCUCACCGCUUUCCAGUGCACAACUCUUCUGUAGCACUGUCACUCUCCGCACUACCGACACUUCUCGCAUACCAUUCCACUUGACCUGACAUUAGCUUCAUAAUGAUCUCCGGUGUUGGAUGGAGCGCCCCUCACAUGCUUGACUGAGCCGGUCUUAACCCAUUCACCUUUCGCUCACGACGCCAGCCUCAGCAUAGACAACAACCCAUUCGAGUGGCCUCGGCCAUUCAUCUUGCGGGUUCUCUACGUCUUUCAAUUGGUUGACAGACAGCCUGAUUGUCAGCUUGCCACGGGCCGAGCGUUCCUGGCACCCUUCCUAUCAGCGCCAUCAUGCCACGAACACAAUCGCGCAUUUCGCGCCUGGUGGCCUCCUUUCUCAGGAUUGUGUUGGUGCCCACCAUCCUCUUCGGCGUUCCUCUGUGGCCCUUCUUGGGACUUCUCUGCGCAGUCCCGUUUGUGGGCAUCAUCACCAUUCCCCUCUUUCUGCUCUUGUCCGUUCUCCUCCUCUACUCGAUAGCGUGGUUCUCCUACUUGCUGCUUGCUCAAGCCGAUCCACCGGCAAGCAUCUCAGCUUCGAGCUACCUGCCCUUCUUGCCGUACAGCCCCAUGAGAUGCCUGAAGGUCAACUGGGCCGCCUUUCAAUACGCCACGACUGCUGUCACGGUCGUCAUCCCAGCAGUGCUAGACUGGAGCUAUCGUCGCGUCAUGGUGCUUGGCUCCAAAGGUGCAGAGGGUAUCGUCAAGGAAGGCAUCGACUAUGGCUCCCAGACACCUGGCAUGCGUCUCGAUGUCUACCUUCCACCCUCGCAUGCCACAAGUGGCUCAGCUGCACAAGGAGCUACUGCGGCUCAGACUUUACGCACCCGGAAGCAUAGCACACUCUUCGCGGAUGCGAUUCCACCACCCGUCGAGGAAAGCCUGAACGGAGCAGCCAGGAUGCGGGGAGCACCCGUCAUCGUGUUUGUGCCGCCGACCAUUCCGCCGCUUACGUGGACGAACAAACGAAAAACGUACUUGCAGCUCGCUCUUCGUUUUCGACGGAUGGGCUACUGCGUAGUAGUCCCAGACAUUUCGUACUUUCCAGCUGCGCGUAUGCGUGCGUCUGUCAUCGACUUGCGCUUGGUUCUUCGAUGGGUAGGAGAGUCGUGCGCCCGCUACGGCGGUGAUCCUUCUCGCAUUCAUUUGAUGGGACACGGGCUCAGCGCCCAUUUGGCGCUGCUCACUCUAGCUCAGGAGGCCGUGGUCUUGAGUCGUGAGGGUCACAUGGAGAGAGCGUUUGAACGCGAGAUGGAGAAGAGGGGAAUGAUGAGAUGGGACGGCAACGCUUCGGAUGAAGAUGAAAGCUUCGGACCUUCUGCGGGGAGCCCUUCGGGCCGGGCUCAGCAGCGACGCACCUACCGCCUGAAUGAGCAGGCUCAGAACGCUCCGGCAGAGGACGCUCAGGCCGAGACGGCUUGGGUCGACGAACCGGCGGAUGGUGACGAUCUGCCCCCGGGGGCAGUGAUGGGAGAGUCCUCUGCUGCAGGCGGGACAGCACGCCUCGCAUCUCAGCUGGGGAGUCUCGGCACGCCGAGCGCUUCACGCAGUGGGGCGAGCAGCGGCGAAGUCACGUUCCCGAGCGCAGGCAUCAGCUCUUCACCCAUGAACGCCCAACAGCACGCGGUCGGUCGAGAACAGUCGCUGGCAAAUGCAGAGGCGUCCAUACCCAACGGAUUGCGCAGAGUGGAAAUCUACUCCCCAGAUGUCGCCAUCCCUCCCAUUGCCGGUCUCAUCCUCGUCUCUGGGGUCAGCGAUGUUAUCAAGGGUUUCAGAAAUGAGUCUGAUCGUGGCAUUGAGCACCUGAGCGUGCUCAGAAGGGCGUGCGGCCCCAGUCACACAGCUUGCCUACUGCAUUCCCCAGCGCACUUGAUCUACGCUGCAAAGAAUAUUGUGGACGCUAGCUUGUUCCCACCCAAGAUCCUGCUGAUACACGGUGGUAAAGACAGCGUGGUGGAUGUGUCCCAGUCCACUCUGCUCAAGACGCUUCUGGUGGGCUGCGGGGUAGGAAGCGUCAGACUUCGAGCUUAUAGGCAGCUAGGGCACGCGGAGGCCAUCGCUGCCAUGUUCUUGGGCAUGGGCAAAGCGGCUACACGGUACCAGAAGCAGCUGCUCAACGAUAUUGCCGACUUCGUUCAGCAAUGAGCGAGAAGUCUCAAUUUGCGCCCAAAACCCCCCUCGUCUCACACAUUGCAGACACUAUCUCCUCACGACGCCGCCCUCCACCAUUUGGCUCCUGCAUGCAUGACGAACCCAUACCUGUUCUCACUUCCGUGUAACGAUCUCGCCCUGAUGACACUCUUAACCUUACCUUAUCCGGAGCUUCUCGUAACUAUGCUCCAUAAGAUUCUCG